AUGGUUAAGCUUCAAGAAAUCGUCGACGAACAUUUCCAGGAGGGCCAGGUAGGGCCCGAGGAAGAUGACGCAGACUAUACAGACACUGAUUCCGAAAUCUCUGACGAGUCCGAGUACGAUCCCACCGACGAGACACUUGCUGAGCGCCUGUAUGCCUUGCGCGACAUCGUCCCCCCACAGACACGUGGGUACAUCUCAAACACAGUCGCUACGGCCGGCAACGCCGUAAAGUCAGUCCUUUCAUUUGGCGGCAAAUCGUUAUGGGUCAUCAGUAGCUCGGCGCUGUUGCUGGGUAUUCCGUGGGCGCUGGCUUGGGCUGAGGAACAGCAGGUGCUCGAGAUGGAAAAGGAGAUGAAAAUGCGCGAGAUGGGUGGAGAUCUUCUUACCGCCGGCACGGGUCAAGACGGCUCCUCGACAGCACAACAGGUUGGCGCAGCGCUUGGUGCGGAGACGAAAGCAGCUCUAUAA